CCCAGCCACCGCCACUGCCACUGCUCGGCCACCACCGCAGCCACUGCCCCGCCACAGCCAGUGCUGAGCCACAGCCACUGCCCGGCCACCGCCACUGCCACCAGCACUGCCACUGCCCAGCCACAGCCCAGCCCACGCUCUGACCCUGAGGGAGAUGCUGCCAGCCACGUCCAAGCUCUGCGCCGCCAUCUCCUACCGCCACCUGCGCAACAUGACCGGUCUGAGGAGACAAGCUGCCGUGGCCAUCAGCCAGGAGCUGAGCAGGCUCGCCAGCCACAGCCCAGGACCCAGCACCUGGAUCCACCAGGUGCGCAGGAGAAGCUCCUUACUCAGCUCAAGGCUGGAGGAGAAACCCUUCAGUGAGAUGCAAAUGUCUUACAUCAAGCAAGGAGAGGAGGCCCUGCAGAAAUCCCUCAGAAUCCUGGAGGACCAGGAUGACUGGAAGACCGAGACGGUGGCGGGCAAUGGGGACAAAGUGCUGAGCAAGGUGCUGCCGGACGUGGGGAAGGUGUUCCGGCUGGAGGUGGUGGUGGACCAGCCCCUGGACACGGUGUACGGAGAGCUGGUGGACAACAUGGAGCAGAUGGGAGACUGGAACCCCAACGUCAAAGAAGUCAGGAUUCUGGAGAAGAUUGGGAAGGACACGGUGAUCACCCACGAGAAGGCGGCCGCGACCCCCGGGAACAUUGUGGGGCCUCGGGACUUCGUGAGCGUGCGGUGCUCCAGGAGACGUGGCUCCACCUGCGUCCUGGCAGGGAUGUCCACCACCUACGGGGCCAUGCCCGAGCAGGAGGGCUUCAUAAGGGCUGAGAACGGUCCCACCUGCAUGGUCCUGCGCCCGCUGCCCGGCAGCCCCUCCCGGACCAGGCUCACCUGGCUGCUCAGCAUCGACCUCAAGGGGUGGCUGCCCAAGACCAUCAUCAACCAGGUCCUGUCCCAGACACAGGUGGACUUCGCCAAACACCUGCGGCAGCGCCUGGCCCGGCCGGUGCCUGCGGCCUGCUGACCACGGCCUGACCACAGCCUGACCACAGCCUGACCACAGCCUGACCACAGCCUGC